CUGAAAUAAGUAAUGCGAAAUUCCUGUCUACCUCUACGUAUGGAACUUGUACUUUAGCAAGGAAACGGAUUCAAAAUUGAAGUGUAAGAAACGAGCACCUCUUUACUUUUGGAUCGCAGGACGAGCACACAACGUCUUCACGAGAAGACAUUCUUAUUCCACCAUGCGUCCCUGGUGGAGUUGUGCGUUGUGUACGGAGGGCCCCUUGGGCCAGUUUUUCGGGACGACAGACCAAACCCGAAAAGCCAAGAACAAAUCGCGCAGUGCGACCAGUGUGAACAUCACGGUGGCAACAAAGAAUAAGAAGCGCAAUCGCGAGCAAGGUACAACAACUCCCGAAGAUGACAUCGGAGGUACAACUACGAGUCGCGCUGACAGAACGAAUCAAAGGGACCACCAGCGCGGGAAUGCAGGCCGGAGGACGACGGAUCACGACAGGCAAAAGCGGACGGAGAUCCGACUGACAGCGAGUCACACGCGUGGGGCGACGAGGCAGAACAACUCCACCUACGACGAAAAUUACUACGGGAAUGAAGGUGACUACGAUGAGGAGAGGAAGCUUGACGAUGCAGACGAGGACAACUGGGGCGAGGGCGACUACGACUAUGGCUAUGAUAGAAACGAUGUUGGUGAGGAGGAGCACGAGCAUCCCUUACACGACGAGGACCAGGAUCUUCGUCGAACCAAAGCUAAGGGGGAUCCACACCGAAAUAAUAUUAAAGCCAAGCCAGCGAAUGGUAGUACCACGACGACAGCUGAAAUAGCCGAGCUGCAUCACGUAUCCUGUGCAAAAGUAUCGUACUCGUCUAAAUGCAAGUCUUGCAUUACAAAUCUUGUUCCCAAGGCAAAUCUGCAUUACAAAUUUUAUUUCUCAUGCUGAGGAAAUUUGUGAUGCAUUUUUACGAGUACGAUGCUUGUGCAAUUCAUAUCACGGUCGUGGUCCCACAAGAGAGCAUAUCAAAUGCAAAAGUGUCUGGGUCAGGGUCUGGAAGAAUGCAACUUGUGAUGCUGCAUUUGGAUUCCAAAAAAAUCUGUAUUGCAUGAGUAGCAAAGGGAAUGCAAUUUUUGCUACGCUGAGAAGGCAUUUGUCAUGCGGAAUAGGCAUCAAGAAGCCCUCAAAGAAUCUGUAUUGCUAGGGUAUGCAUCACGGACAUCAUGGCUCAUGCAAAACGUGCAUGACAAGUGUCAGAAUCUUCCAGACCCAGACAUUUUUACAGUUGAUAGAGCAAGAGAGCAGCUCGUCGUCCUCGGCCAGCCAUUCGUAUCAAAUGUAAAAAUGUCUGGGUCUGGAAGAAUGCAGCUUGUCAUGCUAAAUCUGAAGCAUGCGAAAAUCUGUGUUGCAUAAUUACCAAAAGUCGUCCAGUUUUGACCAAGUCGGGAGGCAGUUUCUCAUGCAGGAUAGGCAUGAGAAAGAUCGCACAGAAUCUGUCAUGCUAGGUCCUGCAUUCCAGGCCUCAUGGGUCACGAAAAAGCUGCAUGACAAAUCGCGCAUUCUUCCAGACCCAGACAUUUUUACAGUUCAUAACUCGGCCGCUGCUUCCUCCAGCUCAGCGACUACAGCAGCCAUCGAAGUGCGCUCUGAGGAAGAGAUCCUGGAACUUGUCAACGUGAUAUGGAUUCGCCACGUGCACUCCCGCACCUGGGACGCGUUCCAGCCGGAGAGCUCCGUUUACUCGCUCCUGGCAGCAAUCGCGGUAUUCUUGAAAUGGCUGUUUCUGUAGACAAUUGGUUUAUACUAGUGUCAUCUUCAUCGUCGAUCUACUAAGUGGAUAUUGAUGGGUACUUAUAGAUAAAGCGCUUCAAGCUCGAGCGUUGCGCCGGUCAUGCAUCGUCAAGAUUGAGAAAGUAUAAGAGAAUUCAAUUAUAUAUAAUGCAAAUUGAAUCUCUAUCUGUAUCUCUUUCGCGUCCAAAUUUAUCCAUCUCUUGUACAUGUACAACAGAAGUCCGUGCCCCGCUUCGAAGAUCCUAUUCUGGGAGGUUCGGACAAAUGUGUGGAGUGGUGUGGUGAGUACCUGGACAGCGAAAAGCAUGGCGCGUCUGCGACUGCAGUUGUUAGCGGAAAAGGUAGAGUAGAGAAGAAUGGCAUCAAGCAAGUUCCCACUUCUGCUGGCAACGAUAGGAACAAUACCAGAGUAGACUAUCCUGUUCCGCAGCGGCAGCCGUGCCUGGGCGUACAGAAAACCGACAAGGAAACGAAGAUGUACGCAAACCGAAUCCUCGCGUUUGUGUUUGCGGCCGAUGAGAGCUUCCAGAAGUUGGCAAAAUUGGGGCGCGACCCAUUACCGAUGAAGUGCCGAAAUCCGAGAUGCGUAAACCUGGCUCACGUAGACGUGUGA